ACAUUUUGUCGUUUUGGGAAAGCUUUCGUGUCGUGGGCCAUUAUUUUGGUGCUUGGGCCACAUCCCAAAAUCGCUUGGGUGCUAUAAUAUGGAAUAAUUAUUACUGAAACACAUUAAAUUAUAUUUACAAACGGUAAAAAUGAGUGCGCCCAAAAAUAACGGGCCUAUUAUAGACCCAGCUCUUUGUAGAUGUUGUCGUGCCAUCAAGAAAUGCAGGGUUCUCACCGCCGAGUAUACUUGGAUGGACAAAAAAGAAGUGUACGCGGAUAUGAUCAUGGAUUGUUUUGGUAUUCUCCUCUCGCACGUGGACGAAAGCGAGCGCGACAGCGGCGUUUGCGCGACGUGCGUGGUGCGUCUGCGCGACGCGCUCGCGCUCCGGCAGCAGGUGCUGCAGUGCGAGGAGCUGUUCCUGCACGCCAAGCUGGAGUACAAGGAGGCGGAAGAGACCAAGAAGCCCCUGGAGAUUGAGCCCAAGAUAGAGCCCAAGGAUGACGUCAGCGAUCACAAUUCCGUCCUCGAGAUGGACCACGACGACAGACUGUCGAUUGACUACUCCGCUGAUGAUACAGAAGUGAAACCGGACACAAAAGAGGAGAAAAUCGACAUAGAAGCAAACGACAUAGAACCGCCACCAAAGUGCAGCACAGAAGACAGCGACGACUCGUACGCAUCAUCUUCAGAUUCCGACAAGCCGAUCAAAAGAAAGAGAAGCAAGAAGACAAAAUCUACGAAGAGUAAUGGGUCUACGAAGAAGAAGACGAAAGUGGCUAAGGCGAAGAAGGAGAAAGCUGGUUCCUCAAAAAAAGUGAUCAAAGUGAAAAAACCGCCCGUCGAAAAACGCCACAACUACGACAGGGACCUCGACUGCAUGUCUGAGGAAAACCUAAUAACGAUCAUCCAAUACUCCUACGUCUGCCCCUUCAAGAACAGAAGAAACAACUACUACUGCUUCUACUGCAAAGAUUACUACCCAAAACCAGAAGACCUUAGAGAACACACAGCGACCCACGACACCAAACCGUUCCAGCUUCUCAUGGGGUACAAGAAAAUGCCCAAAAUUGACAUCACAAGAAUUGACUGCAGACUCUGUCCGGCCAAAAUAGACGAUCUUAACACCUUUAAACAGCACAUAGACCAGAUCCACGGCAAGAAAAUAUACUUUGAAGCACCGGACAAGAUGCUGCUCUUCAGACUGACGUGGAACGAUUUAGUCUGUGUCAUGUGUAACGAUGUAUUCGAAGAUUUCAAUACCCUCAACACCCAUAUGGUGGGGCAUUUCAGUAACUACACCUGCGAUAUCUGCGGCUUCUGUUUCUUGGAAAAACCACGCUUGGACGCCCAUUUAAAACGACAUAAGGACGACGAGCGACACACGUGCGAAGUCUGCGGAAAAGUGUUCAAAUCAAACCAUUACAAGGACAUGCAUGUGGAUAUAGUGCACAAGAAAAAGGCCAUCAUACGGUGUCCGCGGUGUGACGAGUGUUUCAUGUCUUACGCGUUAAAGAACAAACAUUUGACCGAAGCCCACGGCCAAAAUAGAACGUACCCGUGUAACUUGUGUGACAAAGUGUAUAAUAGGCAGAAGACUUUGACCGAGCAUCAGAGAAGGAAUCACCAAAAGGUGUUGAAGCAUCAGUGUGAGUAUUGCGAUCAGAGGUUUUACUUGCCGUCUCGGUUGAAGGAGCACAUGGCGACUCAUACAGGCGAGAGAAACUUCCGAUGUGAGUACUGCGACAAGUCGUAUCCUAGGUUGAAGUCUCUGCAGUACCACAUACGAACGCACACAAACGAUAGGAGGUACAGAUGUCACAUUUGCGGUCAAGCGUUCAUACAAAACCCGAGUCUGAAGUCCCACAUAAAGAACCACCAUCCUGAAUGUGACAUAGAGGGAUGUUAUUUCUAAGAUAAUUGAAACUUGUGUGGAUAUUGCUAGUGUGUUUGUAUUGAGAUUAUUGUGUAUUAGAUGGGGUAGAUCGUGCGUUUUACACUUGAAUCAAAUUGCAAUUUCUCAAACGUAAUUAUUUAUAUUUAUUAAAUUAUCGAUUUAUUUUACCAACAUCACUUUAAAACAUCACAGUGUAUUUUUUAAGUAAUUAUAAUUUAUAUUGUUUUAGAAUUAUUAUACCAACAUCACGUUAAAACAUCACAAUUUAUUUUACAAGUAAUUAUAAUUUAUA